CAGAAACUUCCUCCAGGAGCCCCCGCUCCGUCCUCAGCUCCUUCUUCCCCCUCCAAGAUGGAGGCCUUAGGGGGCUACCCUACCAAGUCCUCCAACCCUAAAGCGAAGAAGUUAGGGGUGCUGCUGAGCAUGACAGUGGGUGUCGGGUGUUUGUUCCUCCUGCAGACUCAGCUGAUGAAGCCCAGAAAGCCAACAGAUUUUUAUUCUUUCGAGGCGAAAGACGCGAAGGGGAGGACGGUGUCUCUGGAGAAGUACCGAGGAAAAGCGUCUUUGGUUGUAAACGUGGCGAGUCACAGCGAGCAGACGGAGGCGAACUACUUGUCUCUGCAGGAGCUGCACCGGGAGCUGGGCACCUCUCACUUCAACGUCCUGGCCUUCCCCUGCGGUCAGUUCGGGGACACGGAGACAGGGACCAGCCGGGACAUCGAGGCUUUCGCCAAGUCCACCUAUGGCGUCACCUUCCCCUUCUUCAGCAGGAUCAAAAUAAUGGGCUCAGAGGCUGACCCUGCCUUCAAGUUCCUCACAGAUUCUGUGCAGAAGAUUCCCAAGUGGAACUUCUGGAAGUUUCUGGUGAACCCAGAGGGGAAAGUGGUGCGGUUCUGGCGAGCAGACGAGCCCAUGCAGAGCGUUCGACAAGAGGUCACAGCGUUGGUGCGAGAAAUCAUCCUGAAGAAACGGGUGGAGCUAUGAUGGAGAUGGAUGCUGGACACAUCUGUGUGUGGUGUGUCGGUGUUUCCUGUGCUUUGACAGCAAGGAAUGACUGAACUCUGAGCUGCUGCAGUGAGUGUGGUUGGGUGACGUCUCCAGAAACAAGCAGGAUGAGAAGAUUCACUUUUAGUCAUUCAAGACGAGUCAGAGUGUGUGUGUUUGUCUGUCUGUGUGUGUGUGGGGACCAUCCUGUGAUUAACAGCAACAAUCAUAAUGAACAUUCCUGAUAAUGACCACUGCUGCAGCUGAAGGAUUGUUUAGCCAUUGCAGUGUUGGAUUUUUACAGAUGUACAGUUUGGCUUAGUCUGUAUCUUGUACCAUCUCGUUCUGAUGUUUUCAUUAAAUCAAUUUCUUUUGGUGAAGCA